AGAUAAACAGACGACACACAAAAAAACCACAGCCGACACUUUUUAAGGCUGGCUGGAUGGAACCAGAAUAACUUUUUCAAAAACAAGAGGAGCCGAAUCACUGAAAGAUGGAGAGGAUGUUCGUUCUGUCAUGGAGGUCUACCCUACUGGUCACCUGCUUGGUCUUCACAAUCAGACUUAAUGAUGUGACCUCCCAGUCCCUUGAAUGUUUCUCAUGUACAGACCGGGGUGAUGGCGGCUGCCUACCUGAACGUGCUGUCAAUGUCUCCUGCUCCUCAGACCACGAUGUUUGUCUUGAGUCGCUCAGCGGUAUAGAAACAAGUCAUAACAAUCAUAUCAUUCUGAAGAAAGGUUGCGGCUCUAGCGUUGCAGCGAGUCUGGAUAAUACCAUCUCAUUACACGGCAUCUUCCUCUAUAUUAAGUUACAUGAAUGUAACAGCAGCUUGUGCAAUAAGAAGAUGUAUCUGAAGAAUUACGCUCUGGCCUCGCAGGAUCCAAAGAGUCGUGUUCCUAAUGACGAACAAUGUUACAGCUGUAUUGGAAAACCAAAUGGGGACUGUUCCUCAUCAAAUGCUCCUGCCAUGUCCUGCUACGACAGCUACAGUCAUUGCUUUGAUGGGAAUGUCGCAAUAUCUAUUGAUAAUGACACAACCCUCAUACCUGUUAAGAGCUGCAGCCUAAAAUACCGUUGUGCCGAAAAGAAAGUGACCUACGGCAAAGCAUCUUUCGAGAUUAAAGGAGCCUGUUGCUCGGAGGAACUCUGCAACGAAGACCUAUCCAACAUAACCCAACUAGAAUUGCCCUCUCUGGUAGUCCUUGGUGAUCAUAAAGAGGAACUGCCCACCACCCCUGUACCGGCUCCAUGGGUGACCCCUACACACACGUCGGCAACCACAAAGGCCAUGCAGAGAGAAGAAGAAGUAGAAGUGGAAGAGCUGACUCCGAACAACACCGCGUCUUCACGUUCCAGUAACCACUUUCAAGAUGGGCACACCAAUAACACCGGCUACGGACUGGUCUAUGCGUCUUGGCUUAUAUCCGUUUUCAUUUAUCUUUCAUGAUGGGUCGGUUCCAUCUUCGACCGAGGACUUUACAAAAAAAGAAUGAAGUUGUGUGGAGGAAUCUAACUUAUAGGACAAUGUAUGUGGAAAUUACUAGGAGUAGUUUUAAAGGGGUACUCCGGUGGGAAAAAAAUAUUAUUUGUAUUUUUUUUUUUAAAUCAACUGGUGCCAUAAAGUUAUACAGAUUUGUA